UGCUCUGUCAUGGAGACGAACACCAGGCUUCCUGGGAGGGCCAGUUCUCCUUUCUGUGGGGACGCUGCUGUGACACCCUUGACGAGAAAAAUCCGCCUCAGGCUGCCAACACCCUGUGUGUCUGUCUGUCCGGAGGGCACCCAGGUCUCCUCCAUCCUCACGGCCUGGACCGCAGGGAGGAGACGCCAUGACCCCCACCCUCCCCGCCCUGCUCUGCCUCGGGCUGAGUGUGGGCCUGAGGACCCAGGUGCAGGCUGAGACCCUCCCCAAACCCACCAUCUGGGCUGAGCCAGGCUCUGUGGUCCCCUGCGGGAGCUCCGUGACCAUCUGGUGUCAGGGGGCCCCGAAUGCCAAAAGCUUCAGUCUGAACCAAGAAGGCAUCUCAGCCCCCUGGAACACACAGCCCCUACUGAAGCCCUGGGACAAGGCCAACUUCUCCACCCUGAACAUCGAAGAGCAUCAGGCAGGGAGAUACCACUGCUCUUACUUCAUCGGAUUUAACUGGUCAGAGCCCAGCGACCCCCUGGAGCUCCUGGUGGCAGGAGAGGAGCCAGCCAGUCAGUCAGGGACCAGAAGCUGCAGAGGCCUCACCGGACCGCUCAGAGACAGACCCUCCCUCUCAGCGCGGCCGGGCCCCUCGGUGGCCCCGGGGGAGAACGUGACCCUGCUGUGUCAGUCGGGAAACAGGACGGACACUUUCCUUCUGUCCCAGGAGGGGGCAGCCCAUCGCCCCCUGCGUCUGCGCGCCCAGGACCGAGGCGGGCAGUUCCAGGCCGAGUUCUCCUUGAGUCCUGUGAGCUCGGCCCACGGGGGCACCUACAGGUGUUACCGGGCACUCAGCACAGACCCCUACCUGGUGUCCCGGCCCAGCGAGCCCCUGGCGCUCCUGGUCUCAGACUACACGGUGCAGAAUCUCAUCCGGAUGGGCCUCGCGGCCUCGGUCCUGCUGCUCCUUGGGGUCCUGCUAUGCCAGGCUCGGCACGACCGCAAAGAAGUCCGAGACGCGGCCCGGAGCUGAGCACCGGGACUUCCGGCCCAGGAGCUCGGGAAGAGUCUGCCGCGCGUGCUGGGUGCGCUGUCUGCGGAGACCCUGGGGGAGAGACGCGCCGCGGAACGGGAGGAGGCCCGGGCGUCCCUGGGGGGCUGGGGGCUC